GACCUCGUCUCGAACCUUCAAUCAACUUCCCUCCUCGUUGAACUUCCCUCCUUCGUGAUCUCCGAAGGAGGACUUCAUGAACAACGUCGCCCCUGAUUGAUCCACCGCCAUCGAUCCAUUCCAUUUCAUUCUUUAAUCUAAACCUCGUGCUGGGACCGAAGGAGCAAGAGUGGAGCGAAGAAAGGCGAUUCUUUCGCGAUGGGGAACGCAUCUGCCAUGCUCACCCAAUACGACAUCGAGGAAGUCCAAGACCACUGCAACUAUCUCUUUUCGCAGCAGGAGAUCGUCGCCCUCUACAGUCGCUUCUGCCAGCUCGAUCGCACUGCCAAGGGCUUCAUCUCCUCCGACGAGUUCCUCUCCAUUCCCGAGUUCUCCCUCAAUCCCCUCUCACAAAGGCUGCUUAAGAUGGUUGAUGGGUUGAAUUUCAAGGACUUCGUUGCCUUCUUGUCCGCGUUUAGCCCGCAAGCUACUACUCAGCAGAAAAUUGAAUUCAUUUUUAAGGUGUAUGAUGCUGAUGGUAAGGGGAGAGUCACUUUCAAGGAUUUGCUGGAGGUGCUCCGAGACUUGACGGGUUCAUUCAUGUCAGAGGAACAGAGAGAGAAAGUUUUAGGUCAGGUUUUGGAGGAGGCUGGAUACUCAAGAGAAUCAACACUUUAUUUUGAGGACUUCAUGAAGAUUCUCUCCAAAGCGGGUUUGAAAAUGGAGGUUGAAGUACCCGUGGAUUAAGUUAUAGAAGUGGCUGUAGGUUGGGUCGUUAUACAUGUCAAAUAAUUGUUACAAUAAAAGAAAUUUCUUAUUUUUGUUCAAUAUACAAUUUAAUGUUAUAGAUGUUUUUCCCAUUAUUGGGCUUGACCUAGUGGGGCUCUUUGAUGUCCUUCCCCCGCCGGAGUUAUUACUACGAACCCUUUGCUGUAGCACCAUGGUCAGCAUUGUUGAAUCCGUCUGGGAAUAUUAAAAUGAGAACGGUGGAGUGAAAUAACGGUUUCCCGGCGAAGAAAAUAGAAAAUGCGUGCAAGAGAUUCAAGGGAUAAGGGGUGUCUGGCUGUGAAGAUUUCCCUAGUGAGCAACAAAAUGAGGAACAGAACAGAGCCUGACUGACUGAGAAGCCGACCUGGAUGACAGGGUGAGUCGAUGAAACCCUUACUGAACUCCCCUUCCUUCUUAUGGUCAUGUAUAAGUAUCUUGGUGGCGAGCGAUUUCGCCUUUUGCCACAUGUAUAAGUAUCUUGGUGCAUUUCUAGUGUUGAC